AUGACGAAUUCGCUCACCGUCCUCUCGGAUAGAACCAAACUUCGAGAAUGCUCCUCUUUCUUGAGGACCGCCAGAGUUGUCGUUGUCACGGGUGCGGGAAUCAGCCGUAGUUGCGGAAUACCGGACUUUCGCUCUCCGGGCGGACUCUUCUCUCAAACGGCCGAAGAAGCUAUAUCGACACUCGGCCAACCCGGACAGUGCGGGUUUCCCGAUGACUUCGCCGUGGUGUCUGUUGCGCGCGGUGUGAGCGGAAAAGAUCUGUUCCAGGUCGAUCUUCUAAGAACGGUACGUGGGUGGACAGUGUUCAUGCAAUUUACAGCCGCCCUGUACACCAGGCUCGGCGCCCUUGAAGAGGCGAGCGCAACUCACUGGUUUCUUCGCUGUCUGCAUGACCGGGGCCAAUUGAUCCGAUGUUAUACACAAAACAUCGACGGACUUGAAGCGAGGGUGGGCCUGUCGACAGAGCUCACAGAGCAGACGGUCAGUGGGGCGGACGGUAUGACUCGAUGUCCGAUCAUUCAGCUGCACGGAGACGUACGCUUUGUGCGUUGUACGAUUUGUGACCAUCGAUCGAGUUGGACAGAUGAGGCUCGUCUGGCAGCACUCAAAGGCGACACCAGCAUCACCUGUCCUCGAUGCCUAGACGAGAGACACAACAAGCGACGUGCCCUGGGCAAGCGAGUAUGGGCCUGUGGCAGUUUACGCCCGGAUAUUCUACUCUAUGGCGAGACGCAUUCAAACGACGUUCUGUUACAGUUGGCCCAGGAAAACGACGACGGCCUUCGACCGACGGCACUUUUGAUCAUGGGAUCUGCACUGCGUGUGCCAGGCUGUAAAGAUCUCGUGAAAAGAUUUGCGAACAUGGUCUCUAAGCAGAAUGGUCGGGUAAUAUCGGUGAAUCCGACUCGGCCGUCUCCCAGCCUAUGGGGACAGAUUAUCGAUGAUCACUUUUCGAUGGAAUGUGAUGACUGGGUCGGAAUAAUACAAGAUCACUGGGCCGAUGACGGAGACACCGCCCUCGGCGAUAGAGAUAUCCAGUCUUUGAGGGUAGCUGCCGCCACCUCGAAAGGUCGUGGUGGACGCAAGAAGGAGCGAAACAGGUCGAGGGGAAGGAAAGAGAGUAUGGAGCUUGAAACACCGGCGGCAGAGACGAUGCCGAAAACACUGGCGGAGGAGAAAACAGCGAAAGCUUCAACAAUCGAGGACGACUCUUUGCCCACCACUUAUCGACAGCGAUGGAGAAUGGAUAUGAAAUACCUAAAGGAGCAGUUCGACGGGCACUGA